AUGGCUUUGUACCAAACCAUCAAGACUGCUGCCCUUACCUACGAGCAACCAACUGGACUCUUUAUCAACAAUGAGUUCGUCCCGGGCGUUGAAGGUAAAACCUUCCAGACCAUCAACCCUCAUGAUGAGAAGCCCAUUGUUGCAGUCCAUGAAGGCAACGAACGAGACGUGGAUAUUGCCGUCCAGGCCGCAAGGAGCGCUCUGGAUGGCGAAUGGAAGCAAAUCACGCCUUCCAAGCGCGGUCAGCUUCUCACCCGGCUGUCAGAGCUAUUGGAGCGUGAGACCGAGACUCUGGCUGUUAUUGAAGCGAUAGAUAAUGGGAAAGGCGUGGGCAUGGCCCGAGGAGAUGUCGCCGCGUCUGCAGGCUGCAUUCGAUACUAUGGCGGUUGGGCGGACAAGAUCUAUGGGCAAACUAUCGACACGGACUCAGCUAGUCUCACCUACACCAGGCACGAGCCGGUGGGAGUAUGUGGUCAGGUUAUCCCCUGGAACUUCCCACUGUUGAUGUGGGCAUGGAAGAUUGGCCCUGCGAUUGCAACCGGGAACACUGUGGUGUUGAAGAGCGCGGAGCAGACUCCGCUAUCCGCCCUAUAUGCUGCCAAACUAGUUAAGGAGGCUGGGUUCCCACCCGGAGUAAUUAACAUCAUUUCAGGAUUUGGAAAGACUGCUGGGGCCGCCAUCGCCGCUCACAUGGACAUUGACAAGGUUGCAUUUACUGGGUCUACAAUGGUGGGCCGGCAGAUCCUCCAAACGGCAGCCAAAAGUAACCUCAAAAAGGUUACUUUGGAACUUGGGGGUAAGUCCCCGAAUAUCGUCUUCCCGGAUGCCGAUUUGGAGGAUGCGAUUACAUGGGUGAAUUUCGGAAUUUACUUUAACCAUGGCCAAUGCUGCUGUGCUGGAUCCCGCGUCCUGGUGCACGAGUCAGUUUACGACCAGUUCCUGGAGAAGUUCGGUCAACGUGCCCGGCAGAACAAAGUUGGCAAUCCCAUGAGCUCCGAGACGUUUCAAGGUCCCCAGGUUUCGCAGUUGCAAUUCGAUCGUAUUAUGGAAUACAUCGAGGAGGGCAAAAAAGCUGGGGCGAAAGUGGUUGCCGGCGGCGGUCGCUUGGGUUCAACAGGGUAUUACAUUGAGCCGACUAUCUUCUCCGAAGUUAACGAAAACAUGAGUAUCGUGAAAGAAGAAAUUUUCGGCCCUGUGUGUACCGUCCAGAAGUUUAGCACGGAGGCCGAAGCAAUCCAACUGGCCAAUGACACCAAUUACGGAUUGGCUGCAGCUGUUCACUCUAAGAAUAUCGACACAGCACUUCGUGUGUCAAAUGCCGUGAAAGCUGGAACGGUUUGGGUCAAUAAUUACAAUACGCUUCACUACCAGAUGCCAUUUGGCGGCUUCAAGGAGUCAGGGUUAGGACGGGAGCUAGGUUCGUACGCGCUGGACAACUACACGCAGGUGAAGACGGUUCGCGUCCGUGUUAGCGACAGUUAA